AUGUAAAUUGAAGUUGAGAAAGGUUAUAAUAUUUAUUGGCCACCUAAAUAUGAUCUAUGUUGUAUGGGUUCAUCGUGUCCCAUAAUAUACGAGUCAAAAUUUGGUUAGGAGUUCUAUGAAUCGUAAAUUAAUUGCAAUCUUAAAUUAUGUCCUUUAUGUAGGUUUAUUGAAGUAUGCAUUAAUUUAAUUAGAAAAAAUGUACAGUUCCAAAUUGUUAAAUUAGUAUAGAAAAACAUUUUCUUAAAACUAAUUUUAAUAUAUAAACAAAAAAAGUCUUUUUUGAUCUUGAUAAAGAUGUCUAAGAAUAAUUAACAAUAAGAAAGAAAAUUGAAGAGAAAUAUCAUCGACAAAUCUCUGAUAUCAAAUAAAGUUCUAAAACUACAGAGAGAUUAGAUUAAUUAUCUGAAUUGAUUGAAGAUUCAGUUUAUGCUGAGAGAACCAAUAAUACAAGAUUAAUGCUUGAAAUUGAUACUAAACUCCAAAAAUUAUGGAGAGAAAUAGAAAUUGAAGAAUCUAAUGAUUAACAUAGAGAAAUACCAAGAUAAAUUCCAACCUAAAGAUAUUUUAAUUCUUCUGAAACAAACUAAAAUUCAAUUGGCUAAUAGAAUAGUUAUGCUAAAGAAGCUGGAUUUAAUGAAAAAUAAUUCCAUAUAAAUAGAAUUAAAUGGGGUUUUUGA